GAGACCAUGUCUGAGAGAAAAGCCGCCAUCACGAAGGCUGACAUGAGCGAGGACAUGCAGCAGGACGCUAUUGAUAGCGCCACUCAAGCUUUGGAGAAGUACAGCAUUGAGAAGGACAUCGCUGCAUACAUCAAGAAGGAGUUCGACAAGAAGUACAACCCCACAUGGCAUUGUAUUGUCGGCCGCAACUUUGGCAGCUACGUCACCCACGAGACCAAGCACUUCAUCCAUUUCUAUCUGGGACAGGUGGCCGUUCUCCUCUUCAAAUCAGUUUGAACAAUGAACCAUGAAGAUGGAUUAUGAAACCAAUAGAUAACAUUACGGCUGCCAAGUCCUCAAGUCCAUAUCUCCCAUCUAGGAUAUAAUGCAUAAAUAUUUCACACAAAUAAAUACCUUUGUUGAAAUUCUUGGGAAUAUUGAAAUACAAAAUAUUAUUUUCUCUGUAUAAGUGAACAAUGCAAAAUUUUACAGACCAUAUCACAUCCAAUGAAAAUAAUACUUUGUGCCUUUUAAAUGACAUUUUGCACCUUUGUCUUAUCUUCCUAUCUGAUCCCUUGAUACGUCUUUGAUCUCAGACUUUUAUGAAUGUUCACAGAUGAUCAGUUUGUUUGUCGUUUUGUUGUAAAGUAUUGAUGUGUAUCGUUCUAAAGUAAAUAAACCUUCUGUUUAAAAUCAGGUCAAACACCAUUUAGCUGACACCAAGACGUCAACCCGUUUCAAAUCCUAACAAGAUAUGUCAAAAGAAAAUAUUGAAAUAAGUUGUUUAUCGUUCAUGUUACAAUCUCAGUUUUACCUAUUGUUAAGUUUUGGGGAAAAUAAAUAAUUUAAAUCUAA